AAAAACAUUUGUGCUGCCAUUAUCGUAUUCGGUUCUAAUUUGGCAUAGUGGGCGCAAAGUUGACAAUAAUCACAAAUGGUCAUAUGAUUAUCAACUAAUUGUAAUUUACCAAAUUAGUAAAAAGCUGUAUCCAUCCCGAUGACAGAAGACGCGUGCACUCUCAUCAACAAAGUCGGCACGUGUUAAUCGGUCAAUGGCGCGCACCCUUUAUCUGAUAAACAAAUUAAAAAUCAACAAAUCUAACAUCCCCACCGCCACUCUAUCCAGCUGGCGCGUAUAGCUGACGCACUCCACCUCUUUCCUCUCCCCGGACAACAACACACUCCAUAGAUCUUAAAGUCAUUUAGUGCUUUCAAUUCGCAACCAAAUCUUUUAUUCGAUCAUGUAAUUGAAUUACUCCAUGGCAUCUAUUCGUCGUACGCUAUCGCCAGCCUAUCACGACCGUACUUAUCAAAACGGCGCCGCCGCCGCUGCUGCUGCAGCCACCAGCUCUCCGUUAUCACUCUCUUCUUCGUCUUCUCAAAAGAUUUUCACUAAACACUCUUCUUCCACAUUCUUCAAUUUCAACGCUUUCCAAAAAUUCCUCGCAUCUAUUUUUCUUCAAAAACGUCAGCGCUUUCGCGGAUCAUUUUACCGAUGCUUAAUUUUUUUCAUUUUAGGGUUCUUUUUAGGUAUGUUCUUGUUUGGCCACGUGGAUAAUGAUGUCCAAAAUCAUGAUUUCUCUUUUGAGAUGAAACCGCCUCAUGUCAAUGUUCAAUUAGACGACAAUGACAAUCACAGCAUUAAACACAAACGCGACGAUUUCGCUGUGAGUUUAGGUGUUGUUGAUCAAAACAGAUUUGAUUACAUUCCUAAAAAGCAACUAAUCGUGAUUACGCCUACGUAUAAUCGGGCUUUGCAAGCAUAUUAUUUGAAUAGAUUAGGGCAGGUAUUGAGGCUAGUGCAGCCUCCGUUGUUAUGGAUAGUUGUGGAAAUGAAAACGGCGUCGUUAGAGACGGCAGAGAUGUUGAGGAGGACGGGGGUGAUGUAUAGGCAUUUGGUGUGUGAUAAGAAUUUGAGUAAUGUGAAGGAUAGAGGGGUUUAUCAAAGGAAUGCAGCGUUUGAGCAUAUAGAAAGGCACAGGCUUGAUGGGAUUGUUUACUUUGCCGAUGAUGAUAAUGUGUAUUCUAUUGACUUGUUCGAAAGUUUGAGAGAAACCAGUCGAUUUGGCACUUGGCCUGUUGCAAUGCUUGCACAAAGUAAAAAUAAAGCAAUUCUGGAAGGUCCAGUUUGCAAUGGGACUCAGGUAAUUGGAUGGCACACCAAUGAAAAAAGUAAAAGACUUCGAAGGUUUCAUGUCGAUAUGUCAGGGUUUGCUUUUAACAGCACCAUUUUCUGGGACCCAAAGAGAUGGCGGCGCCCCUCUUCAAAUUCAAUUCGACAAUUAGACACAGUAAAGGAGGGUUUCCAAGAGACCACAUUCAUAGAGCAAGUGGUGGAAGAUGAAAGUCAAAUGGAAGGCGUUCCUCCUGGUUGUUCAAGGGUACUGAAUUGGCAUCUUCAUUUAGAUGCCCAAGGUCUUGUCUAUCCAACAGGUUGGCUGUUUCAGAAGAACCUUGAUGUCAUCAUCCCCAUUCAAUGAUGGAGCCAUCGAUGUUGCAAGUUUGAUGCUAAGAUCUCAAGACAGUUAUACAUGCCCUUGCUUCAUCUGGGUGGCCAUCUGUAUUCGAGCACAUUGUUGCUUCAUUUGCUAAUAUCAGCAGUAAGCAUGCGACCUUGACAAAUGCUCAGCAGCCUUUGACAAAGAAACAAAAGAUUUUUCUUUUCAUUUGUGGAAUUUUCCUAGCAUAAUAUUCUUUCACAGAAACGAAGUCCUGUUUUUGUUGUAGAUUUUUGUUUGGCGCAUUCUGGGGAAUACUGCACAAGUUUUGGCAAGUUAGCCCCCCCAAAAUGAAAGGUGUUUCUGUAGGGGAAUGCUUGCCCCGUAUCCAUUCUUUGUAUUUGAGUGCACGUCUCUCUUCAGAUCAAGGAUAGAUCAACUGGUCUAAAUCACGGACUUAAUAUCUGGUUUUCCCUUCUCCACUCUUGGCAUAGUCCAGUCUCCUGGUGUGUAAUUGGAUGAUUGUGCUUGCUUCUUCUUUUUUGUCGUUAUAUUGAUUCUAUACCCAGAUUGGGUGAAUGGAAGAGAUAUAGAGCUAAACUGUAAUUGAAAUGCGUUCUAUUUAGAUUGCAAAUUUUUUUCAAA